AUGUAUUUUCAAGAGUUUAAAUCUCGUUCCCCUCUUUAUCUAAAAGUCAAAUCUUGGCCGAUCACCGAUCUCAAGAAGUUCAUCGAUUCUCAUCGCAAGGGCUGUAAUCCCUCUCCUCUACCUCGUUCUCAGAUCCAGAGCUUUCUGUUUCAAUUAUGUAAAGGUGUUGCUCACUGCCAUGAUCACGAUGUUCUUCACAGUUUGAUCGUCAUCAACACACGAAGAAGUAAGAAGGAUUCACAAAUGGAGCAGGGGAAGGACGAAGGUGGUUACAGGGGCCUCCGGUGGUGGCAUGGUCGAAUACUCACAGUAACAGCAAUCGAUUCGGUUUGGUGGUUUAGUUGCGGUCAUCGAUCAUCAACAGUGCAGGUUCCAUUCCAAGUUCCACUUGAAGUAAAUGUUAUCCUCAUCGGUUUCAGUGGAGAUAGAGGCUAUAGAUACACGUUAGAUACUCAAAAAUUGCAAGAGUUUCUUCAAGUUGGCUUCCCUACUCACAGGACCUCGUGUGUGGAGAUAGGCAAGCCCCUUGAUAUUGAGCAUCACAUGGUGUUUAAUGCAAUUCUAGUAAGCUCUUUCUACAUAGUGUCUUUUAGGGAGAAUCCACAGUCCCAGUCCACACUGGUUUACCUUGACAAUGUUUCCAGUUUUGCAUUCCAUUCUGAUUGUAAAUGA